AUGGUGGAGGGCGGCCAGCUGCAGGAGGCCCAGGCCAUCUCUGUGCUCCACGAGAUGCCCCAGCAGAGCUUCAACCUCUUCCACACAGAGCGCUCCUCUGCUGCCUGGGACACCACCCUCCUGGAGCAGCUCCGCACUGGGCUCCAUCAGCAGCUGGCCGACCUGGACUACUGCUGGCAGCAGGUGACGGGAGAGGAAGACUCUGCCCUGGGAAGGAUGGGCCCCACACAGGCCGUGAAGAGGUACUUCCAGGGCAUCCAUGUCUAUCUGCAAGAGAAGGAAUAUAGAGCCUGCACCUGGGAAAUCGUCAGACUGGAUAUCAUGAGAUCCUUCUCUUCAUCAACCAGCUUGCAAGAAAGGUUAA